UUGGAAAAGAGAAAAAUGCUAAAGGAGUGGGAAAAUGGCCUCUACUAUCCUCGUCCGCUUGCUCCGUGCCAGUUGCUCGAAGUCACAGAGGAACAAAUGUUGACUCUGGGGAUGCGUGUGGACUACUUUGUCAUGGAACCAGAAGAAUUAACUGCGAGUCUGCACAGUUUCAAGAAAAAGGGCUUUAAAAAAGCCAAAGUCUGUGGGGUUUGCAAGCAAAUUAUUGAUGGUCAAGGGAUUUCAUGCCGAGCCUGCAAGUACUCCUGCCACGGGAAGUGUGAAGCCCAGGAAAACAAGUGGAAAAUGGCAUUUCCAUGUGUGGCCUUGAGAAGCAGCCCUCAAACUGUGCAGCCCACACAAAGAGAACAGGUGGUGAUUCCCUGCUGUGCACAAGUCCACCUGGAGCAGGCUCUGGGAGACGUCUCGCCAUCUGCUUCUCUCUGCUGUGACAAACUGUGCAGGCCUAUAGCACCCGGCGUCACCAUGGAGGACGGCCGCGAGCUGGACCUCACCUAUAUCACCGAGCGCAUCAUCGCGGUGUCUUUUCCUGCCAGCUGCUCUGAGGAGUCCUACCUGCAUAACCUGCAGGAGGUGACACACAUGCUGAGGUCCAAACACGGGGACAACUACCUGGUAUUAAACCUUUCAGAGAAGAGAUAUGACCUUACAAAGCUUAACCCAAAGAUUCUGGACGUGGGAUGGCCAGAGCUGCAUGCACCACCCCUGGACAAGGUGUGCACCAUCUGCAAGGCACAGGAGUCCUGGCUGAACAGUGACCCCCAGCAUGUGGUGGUCAUCCAUUGCAGGGGUGGAAAGGGACGUAUUGGAGUGGUCAUAUCGUCCUACAUGCACUUCACAAACGUCUCGGCCAGUGCCGACCAGGCCCUCGACAGAUUUGCAAUGAAGAAGUUUUAUGAUGAUAAAGUUUCAGAUUUAAUGCAGCCUUCUCAGAAGCGGUACGUGCAGUUUCUCAGUGGGCUCCUGUCGGGGACAGUGAAAAUGAAUGCCUCGCCCCUGUUCCUGCACUUGGUCAUCCUGCAUGGCAUCCCCAACUUCGACACAGGUGGAGCAUGCCGGCCCUUUCUGAAGCUCUACCAAGCCAUGCAGCCGGUGUACACAUCGGGGAUCUACAACAUUGGCUCAGAAAACCAGAGUAGGAUCUACAUCGCCAUAGAGCCGGCACAGCUCCUGAAAGGGGACAUUAUGGUGAAGUGCUACCACAAGAAGUACCGGUCGGCCACCCGCGAUGUCAUUUUUCGCCUGCAGUUUCACACAGGCGCUGUUCAGGGCUAUGGGCUCGUGUUUGGGAAGGAGGAUUUGGACAACGCCAGCAAAGAUGACCGUUUCCCUGAUAAUGGGAAGAUUGAGUUAGUGUUCUCAGCCACCCCCGAGAAGAUUCAAGGUUGUGAACAUUUGUGCAACAACCAUGGGGUGAUCGUAGACUUCAAUACGGCUGACCCGCUGAUCCGCUGGGACUCGUAUGAGAACCUGAGUGCCGAUGGGGAAGUGCUGCACACACAGGGCCCCGUGGACGGCAGCCUCUAUGCCAAGGUGAGGAAAAAGAGCACCUCAGAUCCUGGCGUUUCAGGUGGGCUCCCGGCCUCCCCGGCUGCCUGCAGCCCCGACCACAGCGACCACACCCUGUCUGUCAGCAGCGACUCGGGCCACUCCACUGCCUCCGUCAGGACAGACAGGACCGAGGAGCACCUGGGCCUGGGGCCCAAGAGAGGCCUGAGCCCCCAGGAGAAGGCUGAGUUGGAUCAGCUGCUCAGCGGCUUUGGCCUAGAAGAUUCCACAAGCCCCCUCAGGGAUAUGACCGAUGCUCACAGCAAGUACAGUGGGACACGCCACGUUGUGCCUGCCCAGGUCCACGUGAAUGGAGACGCCACACCAAAAGACCGGGAGACGGACAUCCUGGAUGACGAGAUGCCCAGUCAUGACCUGCACAGCGUGGACAGCAUUGGGACCCUGUCCUCCUCUGAGGGACACCAGUCGGCCCACCUGGUCCCCUUCGCCUGUCACCAGAGCAGCCAGAACUCCCUCCUGUCUGAUGGAUUUGGCAACAAUGUUGGUGAAGAUCCACUGGGCACCCUUGCCCCAGACCUGGGCCUCAGUGUGGACCCCCUGUAUGAGCGGGAGCGGGCUGGUGGGGGCCGAGAGUCUAAGCAGCUGCAGCCCAUUCUCAGAAAGCCAUCCGUGUCUUCCCAGACGCAGGCCUAUGGGCAGAGCAGCUACUCCACGCAGACCUGGGUGCGCCAGCAGCAAAUGGUGGUGGCUCAUCAGUACAGCUUCCCUCCCAACGGGGAGGCCAGGCUUGUCAGCCACAGCCCAGAGGAUAGUUCCCGCCUGGUGCAGGUGCAGCCCAGAGUCCCAGUCACCCCUGCCCGGGGAACCAGCAGCAAAGUCGCUGUCCAGAGGGGUAUAGGCCCCGGGCCGCAUCCCCCCGACCCACAGCGGCCCCCUCCCGGCAAAGUGUUCAAGCCCAGGUUUCCAGAUGGCAAAGUGGUGAAUGGGACUGGCCUGGAGUCAAGUGCAGACCCCUCCCCAGGGUCACCCACGCUGGACAUCGACCAGUCCAUUGAGCAGCUCAACAGGUUGAUCUUGGAGCUGGACCCCACCUUCGAGCCUAUCCCCACCCACAUGAACACGCUGGGCAGCCAGGCCAAUGGCCCCAUGCUCCCGGAUGGCAUGCGAGGUGGGCUCUGGGCAGGUGGCUGCCUGCAGGACGUGGUGAGGAGCCCCAGCCGAGCCCCCAUACAGCAAGGCUCCCCAGGCGACGAGCCACUGGGAGGAAGGUUCCGGAAGCUGAGUGUUGGACAGUAUGACAAUGAAGCCGGGGGCCAGCCGGCCUUCUCCAAGUGUGGAUGGGGAAAGACCACCAGUGCAGAUCAGGCUGCUAGCCUGGCACCUUUCCUGUCUCCAGCAGAUGCCAAAGAGACGGCCAUCGGUGCAUAUCCCUCAGGUCUGGAUGGGAUUGAUGGCAGGAUCUUCUCUCCAAACAAAAAUGGCGGCGGGGGCAUCUCACCCACACCUUCAUUUCCUGUGUCUCCGGAAACGCCAUAUGUGACGACACCCCCACGUUAUCCCUCGUUCAGCCCACCUGGGCCACAGAUGGGCAGUGCCGGUGGUCUGUACAAAGGAGCACAUGAACCUCGAGGCUGCCCUGAGAUCCUCGAUCACUCCGUGGGGAUGUCAGAGGGCCCUGGGGGACCCAAGCCUGCGGCGCUCCGGGCUGACAUGCCCACAGUAGCCUCCUUCCAGCGGUCAUUCGCGUCGUCCUGCACGAUUUCCAGCAACGGCCCCGGGCAGCGAAGGGAGAGCGUUUCCUGUGCCGAGCACCAGUGGGUGGAGACCAGCCCCAAGUCCACACUGACGCUGCUGGGGAGCAGCCGGCCUGCAGGAAGCCUCCUCAGUGACGGCGAGGUCCCGGGCCCUGGCAAGGACGGCCCUGGGCGACCCCUUGGUCCACCUGCCGAGCUCCAGGCCUCUUUUCACAACCAUGAGCUGUCAGUGGCAGAGCUGCCCGAGGCCCUGGGCUCCCCGAGUGGCCAGGCCUUCCUGAACUUCAGCGCGGCCUCCGUGGGAAGCAGCCUUCCGCCUGGGGAUGACCCGGGGGCCAUGCUGGCUCAUUCCCACGGAGUGGCCCAGGUCCCCGGUGCCCCGCGGACAGCAGCUGCUGCCGACAGCAGCUUCCUGCCCCACAGCUUUCUCACGGUGUCGCCUGGACACGGCGGCCACCACAGUCCAGUCCUGCAGGCCCAGGGGCCAAGCCUGCCUGGGCAGCCGCCCCUUCCUGAAAAGAAGCGGGCCUCAGAGGGUGAGCGCUCUUUUGGAUCAGUGUCCCCAUCCUCCAGCGGCUUCUCCAGCCCCCACAGUGGGAGCACCAUGAGCAUUCCUUUCCCAAGCGUGCUCCCAGACUUUUCCAAGGCUUCGGAGGCAGCAGCACCUUCUCCAGAUAACCCAGGUGAAAAGCAAGUGUCUGUGAACUUUGUCCAAGACACAUCCAAGUUCUGGUACAAGGCGGACAUCUCCAGAGAACAAGCCAUCGCCAUGCUGAAGGACAAGGAGCCUGGCUCAUUCAUCGUCAGGGACAGCCACUCCUUCCGUGGAGCCUAUGGCCUGGCCAUGAAGGUGGCCACUCCCCCGCCUUCCGUCUUGCAGCUGAACAAGAAAGCUGGAGAUUUGGCCAAUGAGCUCGUUCGGCAUUUUUUGAUUGAGUGUACCCCAAGGGGAGUGCGGUUGAAGGGGUGCUCAAAUGAACCCUACUUUGGGAGCCUGACGGCUCUGGUGUGUCAGCAUUCCAUCACGCCCUUGGCCUUACCCUGCAAACUGCUCAUUCCAGACAGAGAUCCGUUGGAAGAAAUAGCCGAAAGUUCGCCCCAAACGGCGGCCAACUCAGCGGCUGAGCUGCUGAAGCAGGGGGCAGCCUGCAAUGUGUGGUACCUGAACUCCGUGGAGAUGGAGUCUCUCACAGGCCCCCAGGCUGUGCAGAAGGCCCUGAACCUCACCCUGGUCCAGGAGCCACCACCCCUGUGCACAGUCGUGCACUUCAAGGUGUCAUCCCAGGGCAUCACGCUGACUGACAAUCAGAGGAAGCUCUUCUUCCGGAGGCACUACCCCGUGAGCAGCGUCAUUUUCUGCGCAUUGGACCCACAAGACAGGAACUCUCCUCUUGUUUCCUUCAUUUCAAGGUGGAUCACAGAUGGCCCUUGCUCAAGAAUCUUUGGAUUUGUUGCCCGGAAGCAGGGCAGUGCCACAGACAACAUGUGCCACCUGUUUGCAGAGCACGACCCUGAGCAGCCUGCCAGCGCCAUUGUCAACUUUGUGUCAAAGGUCAUGAUCGGCUCCCCUAAGAAAAUCUGAGCCCUCACAGACCCGAGAUACCAGAGGGUCAGAGGCGGCCUCCUGGGUAGCAGACUGUGACCCUGACAUUCCAAGCCCAGGAGGGAAGGGGGCUCCUCCAGCUUUACCAAAACAAGAACAAACAAGCCCACCAUCCCCUGGCCUUCCCUAAAGGAACCGCUCACCCAUAUGCUUCUGGAGCCAAGUGUUUUCCAGGCCCCUCACUGGACAGGACUGUGCAAGGAAGCGUGGGCUCCCUGUGACCCUGCACGCUAGCAUUAGCAGGAGGGGUGCACCUAGCCCACUCUGCGGUGGUCGUGAGUAGCUGGCUGUGCCUCCGGAGGGGCUCCUGUCCAGCCAACACCCUAGGGAGCCUUCAUGCUCCCACAGUGAAGAUGCUGACCAGUGUGAGCAGGGCACACAUGUGACAGAGGCUCGUGCAGGUCAGGUCCUUCAGGAACACAGGAUGGCCUGAUGGGCGGGAGGACAAGGGAGGUCGCUCGGGAGGGUGACCAGAUGCCAGACAACCCCAGCCUCCCACUCACACCGGGUCUGAGUGGUGAGUGAGAGGAGGAGGCAGAAGGUGGAAGAAAAAAUGUGUAUGUUCUUUGAGUCCAGUUAUUUAUGAUCACUGUAGUUUGCUGUUGUAUCCUGACCUGCUGUCCAGUACUGCACCUGCCAGGCCGGGACUAAGGAGGGGCAUUGGCCCUGUGUUGGAUGCACCCAAGGCAAAAUGUGGGCAUGUUCUGGGCCACCCCUGCCUCACUGCCCUUGGUCCCAUUGGGCCUGGGAGAGAUUGCCCAGACAACCUCUGACCUUUGUGAGCUCUCAUCUCUCUUGUCCACGCCUGUUGGCUCCCACUGGGAUCCUGUAUCUUUCUGGCAUCCUGAGCACAGGGAGGAAGAGGAGAUUUCUCAGAAGUCUCACUUACAGGCUGCUCUUGAGGGCCGCUUUCCUGCAUCACCUAGUGACCUAACCAGGUUUGCUCUGUGCCAAUGUGAAUAUUGCAAGGCUAUGGUCUGGUUGGAGGCUCUGGUUUGCGGGAAGCUGAGGAUCCUGCAUGUCCCCCAUAGUGGGAGAUGAAACUGGGCAAGGCCGUAUCAAAGUCCUGGUCUGCUUCAGAUAACCAGGACGCUCCCAGAUCUCCAUCACCAUGAGCCGCCUCUUCUGCUUGGCUACUAAAAACCAAGCACCAGCUCUUAGAUCACCUGGGAAUCCCCAGUGAUGGUCCCAUGCUGGCAGUUGGAAAUGUGCUCUGUGAAUUCCCUGUUUUAAGUGGGUCACAAGCAGGGUUGGAAUUAGCCAAACUGCAGUGGGCAUUGAACACUUGUGUAAAAGCAGGCGGACAGGUGCCUGGUAGCUCCUAUUGAUGCACCAAACGCAAGUGCCUCAUUUCUGUGCCAAAUGUUUGCCUUGGUCUUCACGGACCUUCUUCCCUGAUGUAUGCUGGCAUGGCUGUUGAAGAGAAUGUGCCGUCAUCUCCCACAGGCCCUGCUGUCUUGGCCUUUGGCAGGGCCGCCUAGCAUUUCAGUUUUCCAUUCACUGUAGGAAUGUGGCCAAGGAGAACUGAGCUUUGUGCUGACCCCAAUACCCAGUUUGAUUCAAAGACUGCAGGCCAGGUCCCUUAUCCUCCUGACAAAGGAAGAGAGGGUAUAUUUAGAAAAAAGAGCAAGAGACAGGCGCAGGAUUGAGAAGCACAAGCUGCCAGCAUUGCAGAGACUUGUCUAGAGCAUUCUUGUGCAAUCCUUGUCUAGAGCAUUCAAGAAGGUACACACUUUUGCUUUUAAACUGGCUGGCCAGCUGUGGCUUUUAGGCCCUGCAGUCAAGGGCAUUGGGAAAUUUGCUCCUCUAAGGAACCAAAGGAAGCCAAUCCUCUGGUUUCUGAUAAGCUGGUACGACAGGUUUCUUCACGUGUUACAUGUUCAUUACAUAGAACAAAAGGAGUCCAGGAACCUAGUGCUCAGAUUGCUGUGAGCACCCCCACCUCUCACCACCAGCGUGGGCCCUGGGGCAUCUGGCCCCCAGGGCACCAGCAGGCCCACAGGUACUUUCAGGGGAGUUAACGAGUGUCAUAGCCAGGGUCCUAUUAAUCCACUAAUUAACCAUAUGCUUAUUCAUCCAGUGUUAGCCUAUAACCAUGUUAAGUCACACUGCAUUUAAGGGUCUCAUGAGUGUCUUUGCAGAAGGACCUCAUCAUGCCUCCUUAUUUGCCUUACCUAUUAGUGGGUAUUUUUACUUUUCUUAUAUUGUAAAGAAUAUAUCCAGUAUGUAAAUGAGUGUUCUAUAAAUCCUUUGUAUAGUCAUUUUCUCUGCUCUUUAAAUAUCAUCUCUAUUCAGAGUAUAAUAAAAUUAUAAACUUGGUAAACCUCA